AAGAUAUGUAUUGAAAAAGGAAAGCGAACAACCUCAAAAGAUGUAGAGGCUAGUCCUUCAUGAAAAUAAAAUUUCAGAUGAAGGCAUUUUGCACUUAGUCUUUUCUCUUACAGAUGGUCUUAACUUUUUUUCUUGAUUUUUUCCAAUUUGCUCGAUUUAACUUUCAACAGUGUAAAUAAUAAUCCACUGAUUAUUUCUUAGUUGCUUUUCAAGAUGGUUGCUAGAUGAUGUCAAAUCUUGAUAUAUUGAAUUAGUGCCAAAUAACGACAACAAAGGUAUCAUACAUAUCUUUUCUAAGGACAAGGCUUAGUUGUCUCAAUAUGUAUCUUUUUGAUUGCUUAUUGUCUGUGUAUUGGACAUUAGUUUUUAUCUAGAAAUAUUUUUUCUGAAUGAACUUUAUAUUAGUUAUAAAAAUCGGUAUUAAGAUCCAAGAUGGGUUAUAGAUAUAUUAAUCUUUAGGAAUGACAAGAUUUUACUUAUAGUUGUAUGUUUAAGAAGUGAACUACUUCCUUCAUACAUGUUUGCUAUUGCCACAUAGAUUAGCAUUACCUUAUCUAUACCAUGGAUGUACAUAGAAGUGACUCUUUUUUGUUUUUUCUUAUCUAGUCUACUUGAAUAAUUUCUUUACUUGGGUUUCUCCACUCUGCCACUCUUUAUCUCCGUGAAUUACUCUUGAAUUUUUUAUCUGGAAGGGAGAAAGAAUAUGGGAUAUGAAGUAGGUUGUAAAUUGCCGAUUAAAAUUUUUAUUGCUCUCGAUUUUGGAUUUUUGAGAUAGUUAUCUUGCAUGAAUUUUAUUAGGGCAAGAGGCUUGGGGAAGUCAUUGCGAAAUUUCAAUGGCAUCAAGUGUGCAACACUGAUGUCACAGUUCCCGACUUCGAUUGAUAAUCUACAGAAGAUUGGAGUAAUGUUGUCUUGCAGGAAAUUUAGCAUGGCAGAGGCUUGGGGAAGUAAUUGCGAAACUUACAUGGCGUUGAGUGCAGUGCAGCAGCGUACAGUUAUCGACUCUGAUUGAUCAUCUACAAGUGAUUGGAGCUCAAUGGCGUUUCAGUUGCAACAGCUUCAAAUUUGCAAAACUCAUCAUCAAAAUUUAAAGUGUAGCUGUAAGGAUCAUACCGGAACUUGAACUGUUGCUUUCCUCCGUUCUUGAUGACUUCCUUCAUUGAUGCUCUCAUCGUCCAGAAGAGUUGUCUGAAUUGCUUCCUACUGUAAGUAUUUGAUAGGAAUGGCCUUUAGGGGUAUUUAGGGUCAUUAUUAGGGUAUGAAGGGUAUAUUGGUAAUUGUGUUAGGAGGUUUAGUUAUAAAAUAGAGGGUAGAGGAAAGGAUGAAGGUAUCCAAUUGUUUGGUGGUUUAGGCUUGAGUAAGAAUACUCAAUAGAGGGGACGGUCCAAGUACCUCUAAUAAUUGGGUUAUAUUGUAAUCCUUUUAUCUUAUAUAUUUCAAUAUAUUUUGGGUUCUAUCAGUAUUCAACCGUUCUAUGCCUCCCACCAAUCCCAUUUGUACAGCGUAAAUCUCUGAACUCUAAGAUUUCUCCUUGGAGUCAUUGGAAUGCUUGAAUUCCAUCAACUAUGGUGCUAAAGACAGAGGAGGAGGAGAGAGGGAGAUCUAAUAGCACAGCCAGCAGGUGCAGUGGACAGAAGCAACAAAGGAAGCUGCCUAUAUUCAACGGAAAACAAAAAUUAAGCCUCGUGUACAUGUGCCACAUGUUAUCCAUACUUGGCCUAUGUCCAAUCUAUGUGUACACUUAAUCCCACCGGAGCCAUCUCUUAUUUAUGUCCUGUGAUUUGUCUCUCUAGCCGUUGGAAAGUUUCCAAAAUUAUGCAGCAACAUCUUAUCCGUCCCUACAACAUCGUUGCUCACCUUGUCUCCAAAACACCAUUUAUUUCCAACUCGAUCUCCUCAUCAUCCUCUCUUUACCAACCAGCCUUAGAUGCUGCUCACAAUGGAUCGAGAAUUCUAUUAACCAACUUAAAUCAUAAACAAUGUAAAGAGCAACCAGAUUUCUCAAUUGGUUCCCCUUGUAGGGUCCAAAAACUCGUUGCUUCCCAGCCUGAUCCACUUCUUGCCAAGGAAAUUUUUGACUACGCUUGUCGUCAACCCCACUUCUGCCCAUCCUCCUCCUCUUUCCUCAUUCUUAUCCUCAAGCUGGGGCGCUCCAAAUACUUCUCUCUGAUUGAUGAUCUUCUAAUAAGCUCCAAGUCCAGAGGCCACCCCAUCACUCCAACCAUCUUCUCCUACAUUAUCAAAAUCUAUGGUGAAGCUGAUUUACCGGACAAAGCCCUCAAAACCUUUUAUACCAUGAUUGAGUUUGGCUGCCAACCUUCGUCCAAACAGUUGAACCGCAUACUCGAAAUUUUGGUGUCUCACCGUAACUUUAUUCGACCAGCUUUUGACCUUUUCAAGAAUGCCCGUCAUCAUGGAGUGUUGCCCAACACCAAAUCAUACAACAUCCUCAUGAGAGCAUUUUGUUGGAAUGGAGAUCUCAGCAUUGCCUACACACUGUUCAACAAAAUGUUCGAACGAGAUAUUACCCCAGAUGUCGAGUCGUACCGGAUACUAAUGCAGAGUUUGUGCAGGAAGAAUCAGGUGAAUGGGGCUGUAGACUUGCUAGAAGACAUGUUAAACAAAGGCUAUGUUCCUGACACAUUGAGCUAUGCCACUUUGUUGAAUAGUUUAUGUAGGAAGAAAAAGCUAAGAGAAGCUUAUAAACUUCUGUGUAGAAUGAAGGUGAAGGGUUGCAAUCCUGAUAUUUCUCAUUACAAUACAGUUAUAAUGGGAUUUUGUAGAGAAGGGCGUGCCCUUGAUGCCUGUAAGAUUCUGGAGGAUAUGCAGUCAAAUGGUUGUUUGCCUAAUUUAGUGUCGUACCAGAGUUUGACUAAUGGAUUAUGUGAUCAGGGGAUGUUUGAAUUGGCAAAGGAUUAUGUGGAAGAGAUGACAUCAAAGGGUUUUUGUCCACAUUUCUCUGUCAUUCAUGCGCUCGUUAAGGGUUUCAGUAAUGUCGGGAGGAUAGGCGAAUCGUGUAGCGUUCUUGAAAACGUUCUAAAGAAUGGGAAAGCCCCUCAUUACCAUACUUGGGAUAUUAUAGUGUCUGGAAUUUGUGAUGUUGAAGACACGGUUGAAUUAGGUGAAAUUUUGAAGAAGAUUUUGAAGAAAGAUGUGAAAAGAGAUACUAGAAUAGUGGAAGCAGGCUCUGGUUUGGGAGAGUAUUUAAUUAGGAAGUUACAAUCCAAAUCUCGAAGGGCUUGAAUUUCUGUUGUGCAUUCAUGAUUGAGUUUUUGUGUAACCUUUGUUCUAUUGUAUCUUUUUCUAUCGAGUAAUCUUCAAUUAUUUUA